AUGUCCAAACUCGCCCCGAACCUAAAAGCGCUGAUAAACGCCGCGCACGCGCGUCCAGGCCCGAUCCCAGCACCGCGCCACAUCGACGCCAUAUACAAGAAAAUCGAGCAGGAAGCGACGGCGCAGAAACUCGGGCGGCCCUCAUGGCUCGCGCUCUCCACGGCCGCGACCAUGACGAUGAACUCGCCCGAGUCAAUGCUCGCGCUGUACAACUCGGCGAGCGCGGCGAAGCCGGCGAGCGAGGGCGUUGCGAUCGCGGAGCUGAUGCGCGAGGUGGGGUUGAAAUGUAUUGGGUUUAAUGGAGUCCCCCGCACAAUAAACAUGCUCAACGCCUUCCGCGCCUCCCUCCCCCCGGCCAUCGUCUCCGCCCUCAGCACCGCCCCCACGCGCCUGCCCACCCCCUCCAACGUGUCGUCGAUAAACACCCGCGGCCGCGCCCUCUGGGACUCGAUCUACCGCCCGCUGAGCCAGAAACUCGAGGCCAAGCUCGCAGACGCGCACCCCGACCUGCCCGUGUUUAUCAUCAGCAGCGAGUACGGCGCGCUGUUCAGCGACCCGCCACGCGCGACGGGGGGGAAUGUGGGUAGGGUGACGACGAGCCUGGUGGCGAUUGCGUGUUUGCGCGCGCAGCAGGGGGUUGGGCCGCAGGUGCUGAGCCAUGUGUUUGGGCUGCGGAAGGCGUGGGAGGAUGGGAGUUGGAGGGAUGAUGGCGGGGCGGGAGAGGAGGAGGGUGUGAGGUGGUUGGUUAGUGAUGAGGGGUGUGUGUGGGUGUUGGAGAAGGUGGAUGAGGUUGUGGAGGCGCUGGGGGGUGGGCGGGGGUCGACGUUUGCGCCGGUUAGGGCGAAGCUGUAG